AUUAUGGGACAGCUUAAUGAGCAGGAGAGGAAUGAAGUAAACCCAAAAAGUCAUUUUGAAGAAGUGAAUUUAUUGUAUUUUGCAUCUCGCCGUGGUCUGUGGCGCUUAGUUUAGGUGUUUUUGUGCUGAAAAGAUUCCACCGUGUGCUGUGUGAUUGCCAUUGAGCAUUUGCGAGGUAUUUUGGGUUAGAAAAGGUGCAGAAAACCUGCUGGAAAUGUAGUGUGAGAGACUUUUCCUCAUUUAUAAGUUGUUGCUUUUCGUCUCGGUUGUGUUGUUGUUGUGAGAAGAAAAGUCGAGGCGUGAUAUUUUCCGUGAAAAUUCCUCCGGCCGGAUGCAGUUUUGGGUUGCUUAAGCUACAAGGGAGUGUGCUUGUGGAGUUUAUGGAGUGAUUUUCCUUGAAGAUCAGUGAGUCAGCAAAGUUGUGUGGUAGCAGGCAAAUACACGACAUUUCCGGAGCUUUGCAGGCAAUUAGAAGGAAAUUACCCACGAAGAGCAGAUUAUUGCUUUGUGUUAAAUUCCUGCGGAUGGAGGACAGGCUGUGCUGUGUGGGUCAACACACGAGGAGGGAUGCCUCAAUGCCGUGGAUAGGACAUCACGUGCGGGGAAAGUGACGAAUUCCAUUUGAUUUUGGAACUUCACACAUUGAGCAAGGCAACUUGGUGUGGUGGCAGUGCCGAAGGGCGAAAGUGAAGAAGGAAAAUCUCUGAUGUCACGCGGAUGGAUCAUUUUGUGAAACUUUCUCUGUGAUCAUUCGCUUCGUUAUUUUUUUUUACAACUCGGUUUCAUUUGCAUUUGCCGCAGUGAUUUUUUUAUAUUAUAUUAUUUCUUUAAAAUCAUCGCGUGGAAUGUUGGCAAAAGUGAUUAUAUUUUGACUGGCGUGAAAAUUGUGUGGAAACAAUUGGCACCAAAUGAUAAAUAAACCAUAUUGAGAGGAAACAAUAGCACACAGCCCCUUCUCUGACGCACACCUGAAUUUUCUGCCGACAAUUGUGCGAGUAUGAAUUGUCGCACGAGACAGUGAAUAACCACGUAGCAUCUAAAUUGUUAAUUGAAACAAUUACUCACCUGUCCUGCUAGGGCAAUCCAUGUGGCAUAACACUCUUGUGAGUUGAAAAAAAGUGGUUGACACCCUCGCAGUUGAGGGACAAAAGUGUGGCAAAUAUCUCAGAGUGUCUCUGGCAGUGAAGAAAGGAAUCAAUUUUACAAAUUUUUAAUUUUAUUAUUUUAAAUUUAAAUUUAAAUUCAAUUCUGUUAUGAGACAUAGUAGUGGAAAUUUUGCAAGAAUGUUUCGUGGAAAGUUACGUAUGAACACCUGUCGGAUCAUCUUGCUCACGUCCCUCGUGUGGCUGUUGAUUGACGUGGCGCUCAUCAUGCAUUACAUGGAUCUUGGUGGGGGAUGGAAUACAUCGGGUGGACGAAGACCCGGUGAUGGAGAUGUGGAGAUGACACGAUUGGCGGGAAAACUCGUGGAUGAGGAUCCAAUUGUGGAUGAGGAGGAAAUUGACACAAAUAACAAUAUGGACGUGGGAUUUGGGAAUACCGUUCCGAGAACAUAUCGACCAGAGGACCUGAAAAAGUGGCGACCAGCACCGACUGUGAUGGAAAAAUACGGACUUCCUGGUGAAAUGGGGAAACCAGUGAAGAUUCCCGAUGAGCAGCAAGAACUAAUGAAGGAGAAAUUCAAGGAGAAUCAAUUUAAUCUCAUGGCCAGCGACAUGAUCUCCCUCAACAGGUCACUCACGGACGUACGGCAUGAGAAAUGCCGAUCAAAACAUUAUCCAGCAAAACUGCCAACGACUUCCAUUGUAAUUGUUUUUCACAAUGAAGCAUGGACGACACUCCUGCGAACAGUUUGGAGUGUAAUAAAUCGAUCACCGCGUCCUCUGCUCAAGGAAAUCAUCCUUGUAGAUGAUGCCAGUGAAAAGGAGCAUUUGGGUCAUAAAUUGGAAGAGUACGUAGCAACUCUUCCCGUCCCGACAUUCGUCCUGCGAACGGGAACGCGUUCGGGAUUGAUUAGGGCUCGUCUCCUAGGUGCUAAGCAUGUCAAGGGGCAAAUAAUUACCUUCCUCGAUGCUCACUGUGAGUGCACUGAGGGGUGGUUGGAGCCCCUUUUGGCGCGAAUUGUGGUGAAUAGGAAGACUGUGGUGUGUCCGAUCAUUGAUGUGAUCAGUGAUGAUACAUUUGAGUAUGUUACGGCGUCAGAUCAGACGUGGGGUGGGUUUAACUGGAAGCUCAACUUCCGGUGGUAUCGUGUGCCAAAUAGAGAGAUGGAACGAAGGAAUCACGACAGGACGGCCCCACUAAGGACGCCCACAAUGGCUGGGGGAUUAUUUGCCAUCGACCGUGACUACUUCUACGAAAUUGGAAGCUAUGACGAAGGGAUGGAUAUUUGGGGUGGUGAAAAUCUCGAAAUGUCCUUCAGGAUCUGGCAAUGUGGUGGGACACUGGAAAUAAUUCCAUGUUCGCACGUUGGGCACGUUUUCAGGGAUAAAUCCCCCUACACCUUCCCUGGCGGUGUCGCCAAAAUUGUCCUCCACAAUGCAGCCAGAGUUGCCGAGGUGUGGCUGGAUGAGUGGAGAGAAUUUUAUUAUGCAAUGAGUCCAGGAGCAAGAAAAGCUUCAGCUGGUGAUGUGAGUGGUCGUAGGGCACUACGAGAGAAGCUCAAAUGCAAGAGCUUCCGGUGGUAUCUCGAGAAUAUCUACCCUGAGAGUCAAAUGCCACUCGACUAUUACUAUUUGGGUGAUAUUCGAAAUGUGGAGACAGACAAUUGCUUAGAUACGAUGGGCAGGAAGUCUGGGGAGAAAAUUGGUUCGAGCUAUUGUCACGGUUUGGGUGGGAAUCAGGUGUUUGCCUACACGAAACGCCAUCAAAUUAUGUCAGAUGACAACUGCCUGGAUGCAGCUCAUGCCAUGGGACCGGUGAACCUUGUACGAUGUCACGGAAUGCAGGGGAAUCAGGAGUGGGUCUACGACAAUGAGGACUUGACGAUAAAACACGUAAAUUCAGGUAAUUGCCUAACAAGACCCACAAGGGAGGAUCCCUCAAUGCCCCUUCUACGUCCCUGCAACUACUCCCGUGGUCAGCAGUGGCGGAUGACAUCGCAAUUCAAGUGGCAAGCCAAUGGGCAUGAUCACGAUCAGGAGAAUGACAUUGAGAGAACAUAAGACUCCAAUUGUUGUGGUGAGGUAAGGAGGAAAAGGAGUGCAAAGGUUGAACCUUUUGCAAUGCUACAAGGAAAGUUAGGUAACAAAAGAAGAAGAAGAAGAAAUUUCUCUAGUCUCUUUUGGGAUGGAUCCCAAAUGACCCACCCCCGUGUAUCUAGGGGGCAAGAGGGAUCCCCAGAGGAGGGAUUAAAAAAAAAGCACAUUGUGUGAUUGUGUGACUGUGUAGAUUAAAAAUAAUAAAAAAAAGAAACGUUCAAGACGUGUGAGAGAAUGCCGUGGAAAAGUCGUGGCACGCGGAAAAUAGAGGUAAGAAAAAAUGGGAGAAAAUCAGUGUUAAUACAACACUGGAAAAGUGAUGUUUUGCAAUGCUCAUUUGCACAAUUUGCAAGGGCGAGACAGCGGGUGUGUAAAUUAAUACAAAAAAAAUUGCAUAAAAUAUUCUUAAAGCUCAUUUCCGUAAAGGGAACUAAAGUGUUGAUUUGAUUUUUAUUUCAUAAAGUUUGACUCGAUUAUAUUGACUAAAAAAAAGUCAAUUCGCGACCAAAAUCUUCUUUCCCAACUUUUCGUGUGUUGGGAAAAAUUCGUUUUUCUAUAGGGAAAAGCGGGGCAAAAAAGUCACUUAAGAGUUUGGAAAAAGCUUAAAAUAUCAACAAAAAAAACUUACGGACUAACGGGUUGAUUUCGAUCCAUAGGUUGUUUUUGAAAAAGACCGAUUUUGGCUAGUUUAUUUUCAUUUUCCUUGGACUUUUUGAGAACACAAAAGGACAUCUUCAAGGACUCACAGGAUCAGGAAGGACCAAAAACACAAAAUUAAUUAAUUGCAGUUUUGGUUAAAAAUGUCUUAUUUGAGCUCAAAGAAAAUCUCAAAAAAUUAUUUUCGCGUCAUUCCACCCACUAGAUUCCUCGUGGUCCUUAACCGCCUGGUACGACAUGACUAAAAUACUCACGCCCAUUGCCAUGGCGUAGGAGAUCGACCCCAUAGAAUUUUUCGUAAAAUAAGUAAAUUCUUGCGGUCAAAUGUGCAUUAAUAUACUCCUUGGUAAACCCUAAGAAGUCUUGCCUUUUUAGAACACAAAAAUUAAAUUUUAAAUAGACUUUUUAAUGACUUUUUUGAGGUUAGAAUUGUCAAGAAAGAGGAGAAAAAUAAAAUAAAUUUGACCUUUACACCAAUUUUUGAAUUAUCACUUCUUAAAUUUUUGUUAAUAACUUUUUUUCUAGUGGUCGGAUCAACCUGAAAUUUUGACACAAUCUUCUCAGAUAACCAAUGAACUUAUUCCCAAAAGAUGGGUUUUAAAUCUCUGAGAAUUAGGGCGUAAAAACUGGAAAUAAGGCUCUGGGAUCGAUCACCUGUCUUUCAUGGCAAUGCGAGGGUUAAGGGGUUAAUCAAAACAUGUCUAGUUGGGUAAUUUAAGUCAAUGAAAAUUAUUGCAAGUGUCGGAAAAUUCCACCAACUUAAUUUACCUCACUCGUGGAUGGUUCAGGAAAAGCUCGAAAACUCAUAUUUUCCUUGAAGAUAUAGCAAAAUGGUCUGAGACAAAGUUGUAAGCCAGGUUUUUUAUGAGAAUGACUUAUAGAGAAUUUUUUGCCUUUGGGAAAUCCUGUAGAUAAAGAUUAAUGCAAAUUGACUUUAUUUUACCCCGGUCUUCCCUAUGUAAUAUAAUUUAUUUUAAAUCGAAUAAUAUAGAAAGAUCAGUUUUGAAAUUAUAAAGUUCAUUGAAUGUUUAUUGAAUAAAAAUCAACACACACAAAUAUAGCUUCACAAAUAAAUCACAAGAAAUGUGGGCACAAAAUGCUUAUCGUAUAAAAAAGCAUUAGACAUACUUUACAAUGUACAUCUCAUCCUGUUUCUUUAUACCUAAAAAAGAAGAAAUAUUUUAUAUAGCAUAAAAGAAGGAAAAUGGAUAAACUCUUAUCUUAAUUAUAAAAAAAUGAAAAGAAACAAACAUAGAGCUUCAGUGUAUAGGAACAUUUUUUUUAAUUGAAUUAAUUUAGCGACAUUUACUUUGUUAAUAAAAUGAGAUUCUCUAUGUAAUCAUUUUUAGGAUAAAUUUCCUCUAAAAUGCUGUAAAUAAAAAAAAAAAAAGGAAUUUCCCCCUUUUAAAAGAAAUGUAUAGUUUGUAAGAAAUAUAAAAAAAAAAUCAUUAGCUUAAGAUUAAUGGCAGAAUUAAAAAAAAAAUAAGCCAAAAUCAAUCUCUGUGUGUGUCUAAAAGAAAUCUACUAUACAUAAUAAAAUCUCUCUCAGAGAUGCAAGAACCUUAUCACAAAGCAAAAAAAAAGAGAUACAAAUUCCCAUUUCUUUCUUAAUUCCAAAAGAAGAAGAAAAAGAUUUUCAGAAGAAGAAAAAACGUUAAAGAAGAACAAAGCAUAUCGAUUUUAUAAUUGAAAAAUGAAUUGAAAAAUAUGGUGCAAUAUUUCGUGUAAGAAAAUUAACAAAAAGAGAAGCAACACGAAAGAAUAUCAUUCGAAGAGGAAAAAGAAUUAUUUGUUCAAUGUUGCGUGGAAGAUACAUUUCCAAAAAAAAAAAUUGCAAAAAGAAAAACGCUUUUCGUGCAAAUUCUUCCAACAUGAACCUCUUUUUUUAUGCGGAAUGAUUGAGACGUUUAUGGAGGAGGAGGGGAGGAUGAAUAAUGACCAUUACAAGUAAUAAAUUAAUUAUUUUUAUUGAUUAUGCCGAUUAUGCGUAGGAAUUAAUUUCAAGAAAGUUAUUAAAAUUCAAUUUAGGAUAAUUCCAUCAACUUUCUUUCCAAUGAAUUUUAGGAAAAAUUAAAUAAUAAAAGAAAAGAUGAUUAUGAACAAAAGUGAAUAGACUCCUUUCUCAAUCAUUCCGCAGGAAAAAAAACUCAGAAAAUCAUUUAGAAAAAAUAAUAAAUUGUGUCAAAGCCACGAAGAAGACAGAACAGGGCGAGAUCCUCACAAAAAAAACUGACUAGAGAAUACGUAAAAUAAAUAAAAUAGCGCCAAGGAAGAAUUCUUCAUCGUCUUCCUGCAGAGUAUUUCCUUUUUUUCUUAAUCAUAAAACUCUUUAAAAAAAAAACGAAGAAAAGCAUCUCAGUAUUUUUUCCAGAAAUUUUCUACUUGAAAAUCAUUUUUAUGUAAAAAAAAAAUGAUUCCAUUCCAAUGCAUUUAAUUACGCCCCCAAUUAUUUUUCACGAACAAACUGCAAAGGGCUGAGAAUCCGGAAAGUGUCCCGGAAGUGACGGAGUCACAAAGGAAGAAAAAUUGUGAAUAGUGCUAAAAUAUUUUUUUUCUUUAAUCCUCCGGAGUUUUUAGAAUAAAAUAAAACAAAAUAUUGUUAUUUUAAAA